ACCUAAAAAGGUAAGUGCUGAUUUACUCAUUGGGAAUCGUGUCUGGCUGCAGCUUCUUGUUAAGUGUGCACUCAGUGGCAGAGCUGAGUUUGCAUCUUCAUUAUAUGUGAAAUUACUCUGAGAGAAAUGGGAAGAAAUUAUUGCCUUGAGGAGAAAACUGAACAAAAGUAACAGAGGUCACAGAGUUUUAUAGAAAGUAAAGAGAGAUUUCCUUAAUUUCAGGUAUGGACAGAAGUUUCCUUCACACAGCAUACAUAUGGAGGGAACUGCAUAUAAUAAAGUAGCAGUGUUUCUGUCACAAUAAUGACAGCACAUAGUCUGUUUACUUAAUUGCUUGCACUGUGCAACUGUGAAAGAAACAGUAAGAAGAAAGUCAUACAGACCAACAGGUUCCUUUUAAACAUUAUUGAAAGCUGCUCUGUUUUGCUGUGGGGAUGCCUAAGUAUAUAGAAUGGCACAGAAUAGUUCCUUCAGAGAGGGAGGGAUGAGAAAUGUAUCCACGGAUUCAUUAUAGUAUAUAGAAUAUAGAAUUAAAUAUAUAGAAUGGCACAGAAUAGUUCCUUCAGAGAGGGAGGGAUGAGAAAUGUAUCCACGGAUUCAUUAUAAAAAUCACUUAAUAAAGUUGUAUCCAACAAAGCAAACUUUGGGAAUGAAGGCUAUGUUGCAAUUAAUGUGCCAACCUUUAAAAUGCCACAACAUUCUUUGUUGCUGAUACCGGUAGUCAUUUCCUUGAAUUAGUUAAUCCCAAAAUUUCAAAGAAUGAGAGUGUAAUUGUGUACACACCCUCAGAGGGGCAAGCAGUUCAUGACGAGAUAUGAGAGUUUCGGUAGCUCAUAAAGUUCCCUUCCCUUGUUGAUUCAGCAAGAGCCCUGACUUCUUCAGACAAUUUAAUACAGUACUGCCAAGUAACAAAGCACUAGUUUUAAUCUUCAUGCACUAUAUGACUGGCUGCAAAUUUCAAAUAUUUCUACACCUCACAGUGUCAUAUUGGCUUUGUUCUUAUGUAAUAUUAAGACAAACUAUGGCAUACAUACAAGUAUGAGCAACCCAGGGUUAAAAAUGCAGCUGUGUUGCUCCUGCCACAGUCAUGCUGGUGCUGUGCUAUCUGGAGCUAAGUCAUGGCUACCCUGAGCUAAGCCAUAACCCAGCUCACAAUUUCCCUACCCCAAACAAGCCAUAAGCAAUAAGUAAGAACAAACAUUGGUUGCAGCAAGACAACCCACAAACAUGGGUUUGUCUGUAAUGUAUAGCCCUAGAUAGAAUGAUAGCUGCAGGACCAGGGUGGAGCAAAGUGGUUUCAAUAUUUGCUUUGGAUAACUGAACACCUGUUUGUUCUUGCUAAGCCAAAGUUUGACAAGUUGGUACAUUGAAUAUUAAGGUACAAAUAAUGCAACACAAUAGUCAAUACCCCCUGUCCAAUAAGCUGUUCCUGAGAACUAGGAAUGAUACCUGAGCCACUUUAUGUGCACAUUGGCUGAAACUCUCUAAAGCUAUUAGAGCAAACUCAAGGUCUUUGUGGUAUUUCUUUUCAAACCCAGGCUAUGGGGCCAUGAGUUCAUCGAAGCAUCUAAAUGGGCCCCAUUAAAGAAAACUUACAUCCUGGGAAAAUUCAUUUUUAUGGGCUGCAACAGUGAAACACUUCAUAUUGGAAGUACAAACUUCUAAGAAGUUCCAGACAACGGCAUACAAAGAAAGAAAAUGCAUAAACAAAUUACAAACUUGUAUUUUUUACUAGGAGUGUGUUCUCUGAAGAUAUGAAAGAAUAUGUGCUUCUCCUCCUUUUGGCUAUGUGCUCUGCUAAGCCUUUCAUAAGCCCUUCAUACUUCACCUUCAAGAACAUGAUGCUCAUGGAUAUGGAAGACCUUGAUGAUGACGACGAUGACGACGACGACAAAGAUGACGAUGACAGAGAUGAUGACAAUUCUCUUUUUCCAACUAGGGCACCCAUAAUACCCUUUGAUUUAUUUCCUGUGUGUCCCUUUGGAUGUCAAUGCUACUUGAGAGUUGUACACUGCUCAGAUUUGGGUUUGACCUCAAUACCAAAGAAUAUUCCCUUUGAUACUCGCAUGAUAGACCUUCAAAAUAACAAAAUAAAAGAGGUCAAGGAGAAUGAUCUUAAAGGACUCACAUCGCUACAUGCACUUGCACUAAACAACAACAAAAUAACCAAGAUCCACCCCAAAGCCUUUCAAUCAACAAAAAAGUUGCGGCGCCUUUAUUUGUCCCAUAAUCACUUAACUGAGAUUCCAGCAAAUCUACCAAAGAGUUUAGCUGAGAUAAGAAUUCAUGAUAAUAAAGUGAAAAAGAUACACAAAGAAGCAUUUAAAGGAAUGAAGGCUUUACAUGUGUUAGAGAUGAGUGCAAAUCCUAUUGAUAAUGAAGGAAUAGAACCCGGGGCCUUUGAAGGUGUGACAGUCUAUCAUAUAAGAAUUGCAGAAGCUAAAUUAACCUCUGUUCCUAAAGGAUUGCCUUCCAGUCUAUUGGAACUUCAUGUAGAUGACAACAAAAUUUCUGCAAUAGAACUUGAGGAUUUUAUUCGUUAUAAAAACCUUCAAAGGUUGGGGCUAGGAAACAACAGAAUCAAAGAUGUGGAAAAUGGCAGUUUUGCUAAUAUGCCAAAUAUACGAGAAAUCCAUCUAGAGAAGAAUAAACUAAAAAACGUGCCUUCUGGUUUUCCAGAUCUGAAGUAUCUGCAGGUUGUCUUUCUUCAUUCUAACAGUAUUUCAAAAGUGGGAGUGAAUGAUUUUUGCCCAACAGGAGGAAGGCUCAAGAAGACAUUAUAUAGUGGCAUAAGUUUAUUCAACAAUCCUGUUAAAUACUGGGAUAUCCAGCCUGGAACAUUUCGCUGCAUAUUAAAUAGAAACAGUGUGCAGAUUGGAAAUUAUGGAAAAUAAAGGUGUAUAUCCAAAACCUCAUUCAGACUGCAAUGUUAAAACCAGCAAUAUAAUACUUGAAAUCUGUUGAAGAUGGACAAUUUUAUACUGUCCAAUUGCUUUAUACAAUACUAAUGUAAUAUCCCAUAAAAAUUCUUAUCUUAUGUUAAAUUUACAUAUCUUCCAGAAUAAAAGGCCUCCUGAACCCUAAACUGGAAACCUAUCAUUAGGUGUUUCCUAUCAUUGUUGUCUAAGCUAUGUUUAUAGACUAUUUUUUUUCUUAGCAGAAAAUAAUGCAAAGAUUCGAAACUUUUUUUGAUUAACCUAUAUAUUUUUUUCUGUAUUGCAAAUGUAUCCUGUAAAGGUAUUUGUCAGAUUUCAAGGGGGAAUUGUGAACUUUUAAGUUAACAAAAGUAAACUAAACUGGCUAAGAAGACAUUUUAAAAGGUACUGUAGUAUUAAUUUGUUGGUAAAAUACAUCAGGUCAGGUUAGAUAAUUUGUAUAUCUUUGUAGUAAGCUGAAAGGCAAGAUUGAUACCAUACACUUACAAGCCUCAAAGCCUUUAGUAUUUAUUCAUGUAGUUUCUCCCAAAAACUAUAUAUUCUGUUGGUAACAAAGGUGUAUGUAUGCUAAAUAUUAACAAUGUAGAAAUCCUAUAACUUUUUUUAUUUUUGUUUUUAAAGGAAUGAUAAAAUUCUCUGCACGCCAGUACAAAUACACCAUUGUUAUAUACUGUAAAAAUAAUUACUCAAACUGGCAGUUUGGGGCACAAUUAAAAGACCUGCAGUCAUAGGGGCCUAGUACUCUGUUGCAAAGGGAUUUUUUUUAAUGAAUGGGCAGGGAUUCCAAACAUGUGUAGCAUACCAAACUUAGUUUACAGAGGAAAAAGGAGUAGCCCCUGUGUGCACAGAGCUGUGUGUGUACACCACAGCUACUGGAUCACUGUCAUUGUAUGCUGACCUUGUAUUCCAUAUUACAUCUUGAGUACUGUAACUUUGCUAAAUCCAUAUAAUGCAAAAUGUGUUUGAACAUGACUAAUGAUGGGACUGUAUAAAAGUGGCUAUCUUGACUAUAGAUUUAAUGUGCUGUUCAUAUAAACAGAAAGUUGAGAAUUUAAAAAUUUUAAAUCGUGUCCAUUAAAAUGCUAGAUUGAAACCUUUUAUAUUGUCACGCUGUUUCCUAUUCAGUUUAAGUAAAAUAGUAAUAUUAAAAAUAUACAACUACUUAUUGUAAA